UGGGAUAAUGAUGUUCUUAGCUCCAAAAGCAGAAAACAAAAGAAGAAAAAGUCUCAAUCUUGAGGCUCCAUCUUCUUCAAUUCACAUAGACCCAUUCUUCCUCCAUGGGGUCUGCAUCUUUGAAUCAUCACUCUCAUCCUAUUCCUUAAACAAAGUAUAAACCUUUAAUACUCUGAACCAAACAGAGUCUCCUUAAAAUCUGAAAAAGGUUUAAUUUUUGAUCUCUAAGAUACUGUAAUAGAUCAACUGGUGUUGUUAGACUAAUGCAUAGAUCUGGAACCGCAAUGGCGUGGAACGUGUUCAAGUUCUGUACAGCCUUACAAGGCCUCGGAUCAAUCAUGAUCCUCUUAGUCCUCGGCGUCGUCGGUGUCACCUACUACGCCGUCGUUUUGACUAACUACGGACCAGCUCUCUCUCAAGGAGGGUUUGAUUCCUUUACUGCUCUCACCAUCCUUCUCCUCUUCCAUUUCCUUCUGGCGAUGCUUCUAUGGAGCUACUUCUCAGUUGUGCUUACUGAUCCUGGUGUUGUCCCUCCUAAUUGGAGACCAGCUAGUGACGAAGAGAGAGGCGAAUCUGAUCCGUUGAACAGUCUUGAGUUUGAUAAUUCAAACCUGAGAGUUAGAUUCUGUAGAAAGUGCAACCAACCUAAACCUUCCCGUUGCCAUCAUUGUUCUGUUUGUGGUAGGUGUGUGUUGAAGAUGGAUCACCAUUGCGUUUGGGUUGUUAACUGCGUAGGAGCAUUGAAUUAUAAGUACUUCCUUCUUUUCUUGUUCUACACAUUUUUAGAGACGACGCUUGUGACUUUGGUUCUUAUGCCGCACUUCAUAGCCUUCUUUAGUGAUGAAGAGAUACCUGGAACGCCUGGAACUCUUGCUACUACUUUUCUUUCAUUUGUUUUGAACUUGGCAUUUGCUUUGAGUGUGAUGGGUUUCUUAAUCAUGCACAUUUCUUUGGUAGCUGGCAAUACCACUACUAUAGAGGCAUAUGAGAAGAAAACAAGUGGAAAAUGGCGGUAUGACCUCGGUAGAAAGAAAAACUUUGAACAGGUAUUUGGAAUGGAUAAGAGGUACUGGUUCAUUCCAGGAUACUCAGAAGAAGACCUGAGGAGAAUGCCGGAGCUUCAGGGACUUGAAUACCCUUCUAAGCCAGACUUUGAUUCCCAGUAAUGCUGAUGAAGAAGAUGACUUUGAUCUUCAUCAUUUCGUCCUCAUGUAAAACAACAAUACGUAGGAUACAGUGAGACCCUAGAAAUGACAAUUUGAAGGAUCCAAAAAUCUACUAGCUUGAAGGAUGAUGCACUUCUGACGAUGGAGGGGAUUACACCUUAGCAUUGUUGGUUACAUAUUUGUUAAUCUUCUUAAAUAUAUUAUCACCUUCUUAAACAGCUUUUGUUUUAAA